AUGGAUCUCUGGGAGCCGUCGGACGAAAAGGAUCAGCUGGAUUCGUCGAGCCAGUCUGGCACUUACAACAGCGGGGUCAGGCCAGAGCUCGGUCGUUUGCUUCGCUCGCCCAGCUCCAUGGUCCUCUCUUGCAGUUCGAUUCUGCAAAAGGUCAACACCGGCGAGAUCGACUUGAAUCCCAUCUGGCAACGAGACGUGGUUUGGACCGCUGCCAAGCAGUCCGCGAUCAUCGACUCCUUCUUCAGGCACUACUACGUGCCACCGGUGCUCUACUCGGAGCGCCACACGCCAGAAGGCGAGGUCUGCUUCAUUUGCAUCGACGGCAAACAGCGCAUCUCGUCGAUCUGCAAUUUUAUGAACAACGUGAUCCCCGUCCGCGAGGCUGGCACCAACAAGUCAUACUGGUACGAAGAAGACCGCGUGGCCGGCAAGUAUCCAGCGAUCGAUAAAAAGUUGAAGACUCGAUUCGACAGUUUGCAGAUCCACGGCUUCCUCUACAUGGACCUCGCCGACCAAGAGGAGCGCGAUAUGUUCGCUCGCGUUCAGAUGGGUUCUGUGCUCACUCCUGCAGAGAAGCUUGCCGCCAAAGUCGGUCCUUGGAGCGAGUGGUGGCGUCAGCUCGUCAAAAAGUAUUUCGACAAUCCUCAACUCAACGUGCAACACGUCAUCACGAUGGCACGGGGCAAGGAUUGGCUUUUUGCAGCGCAGAUUACCCUGUUUAUCUGGAACUGGGGUACGCACAAUUACCACCCCAGCGCUACCGCCGUGUCCAAACAUUUGGACACUCACGAGCAGAGCGGGCCGGAUAUGGCGUUCAAAGCACAGGUAGAGGACGUCUUUGCGAAAUUCGUUGCUUUGUGCAAUCACGAGACGUACGCGCUUCCCCUUCUGCCUGUCAGGGCGCGAGGCAGAGCUGCCAAGCCUCUUGCUCCCGUCGAGUUCGUCUUCGCUGCGGUCAUGGUCUGGAAGUUUCCCGACGCCAGCUUGGCCGAUCUUUCCUACCUCGUGGACCGCAUGAAGCAGGACGUCCGCAAGGACUUCAAGGACGUCAUGAUGAACACGCGAGUCACUGCUUUCAUUAGGCUUUGGAUCGAUUCGGCAGAUGUACCUGGCCGAAAGAGAAAAGCACCGGCGCAAGACGUUGACGAUGACGGUGACUACCACCCCAACGGGCGUGCAGAUGCCGGCACCUCCAGGAGCGCACCUAGGGCUCGCAUCUCGGGCAGCCGCGCAACAGCCGUUUUCCGCGACUAA